AUGGCGAGGCUACAACCCGUCGCCGGCGGCGCUGGCUCCGUUCUGGUGGUGGCAGUCACCGCGUGGCUCCUCGCCGCCGGUGGUGUGUCCGUGUCGGCCGGGGACCCGCCGCUCUCGCCCAAGGGGCUCAACUACGAAGUGGCGGCGCUGAUGGCGGUGAAGAGCCGGAUGCGGGACGAGAAAGGGGUGAUGGCAGGGUGGGACAUCAACUCCGUCGACCCGUGCACCUGGUCCAUGGUCACCUGCUCCCCCGACGCCUUCGUCGUCUCCCUGCAGAUGGCCAACAACGGGUUGUCAGGCGCGCUGUCGCCCAGCAUCGGGAACCUCAGCUACCUGCAGACAAUGUUACUACAGAAUAACAGAAUAUCAGGUGACAUUCCUCCAGAGGUAGGGAAGCUAGCGAAGCUGAAAGCUCUUGAUCUUUCUGGUAACCAAUUUGUUGGUGGAAUCCCGAAUUCAUUGGGCCAGCUGACUCAACUAAAUUAUCUGCGCCUUGAUAAGAACAGCUUGUCUGGACAAAUACCUAUAGAUGUUGCACACCUUCCAGGUCUCACAUUCCUUGACGUAUCAUUCAACAACUUGAGCGGCCCAGUUCCAAAAAUCUAUGCACAUGACUAUAGUCUUGUGGGAAACAAGUUCCUUUGUAAUUCGUCAAUUCUGCAUGGCUGCAAUGAUCUUAAAGGAGGAACCAACGAUACAGUGUCUAAACCGCCAAGUAAAGCGAAGAACCAUCAUCAAUUAGCACUGGCUAUUUCUUUAAGUGUCACCUUUGCCAUAAUCUUUGUCGUAUUCUUUGUAUGCUGGCUAAGCUAUUGCAGAUGGCGCUUGCCUUUUGCUUCUGCUGAUCAAGAUCUUGAAAUGGAACUGGGUCAUCUGAAGCAUUUUUCGUUUCAUGACCUGCAAAGCGCAACAGACAAUUUUAAUUCAAAGAAUAUACUAGGCCAAGGCGGUUUUGGUGUUGUUUAUAAAGGCUGUCUUAGAAGCGGAACUUUAGUGGCAGUCAAGAGGUUAAAAGAUCCUGAUGUUACUGGUGAAGUUCAAUUCCAGACAGAAGUUGAGUUGAUUGGCCUAGCUGUGCACAGGAACCUUUUGCGCUUGUAUGGGUUUUGCAUGACCUCAAAAGAAAGGUUGCUUGUAUAUCCAUAUAUGCCAAAUGGCAGUGUUGCUGACCGCCUGAGAGAGUAUCACCAUGGAAAACCUUCUCUUGAUUGGAGCAAACGUAUGCGUAUUGCCAUUGGGGCCGCUAGGGGACUACUAUAUCUUCACGAACAAUGUAAUCCUAAGAUCAUUCACAGGGACGUCAAAGCAGCAAACAUAUUGCUUGAUGAAAGUUUUGAAGCUGUGGUUGGGGAUUUUGGAUUGGCAAAACUACUUGACCGACAAGAUUCACAUGUUACUACUGCAGUUCGGGGCACUAUUGGUCAUAUUGCUCCAGAGUAUCUCUCAACAGGACAGUCUUCAGAAAAGACUGACGUUUAUGGGUUUGGUAUUCUACUAUUGGAACUGAUUACUGGACCUAAAACCUUGAGCAACGGACAUGGUCAGUCCCAGAAGGGGAUGAUUCUAGAUUGGGUUAGAGAACUCAAGGAGGAAAAGAAACUGGAUAAACUAGUCGACAGGGAUCUCAAAGAUUCGUUCGACAUAGCCGAGCUAGAGUGUUCAGUCGAUGUGAUUCUCCAAUGCACGCUGACGAAUCCUAUUCUGCGGCCCAAGAUGUCAGAGGUUCUCCAGGCCCUUGAGUCUCAUGUCACGCUAGCAGAGAAUGGAGUAGACUUGAAUAGAGAAACGCUGCAUUAUGGAGGCUCUUGCAGUUUCUCCGUGAGACAUGAGGAUCCGCACGACUCGUCCUCCUUCAUAAUAGAGCCAAUUGAGCUAUCUGGACCCAGAUGAUGACAAGUGCUGGUUUUAUGAGGGAAGAUAGAGUGAAGCAAUGACAACUGUACAAAACAUGUAUAGGCUGGAUGAGCCAACUUGGGAGGAGUUUCCUCAGGUUGCGUCUGACAAAACGUUUUCAACUUAGAACUAGGACAAUCAUACUGGAUGCAGUUUCCAGUGCGCCUGUAUGUCACCACUAGCUUCGGUUUUUGCCAUCCUGAAGCUGGACAUUAGUUUUUCUGUGCUUGUGUUUUAUACGUUGUUUGAAACAUUGAUGAAAGGGACGGUCUUAUUUCUGCACUAAUUUAGCGUAGCAAGUUUGCA